AUGCUGCCCUAUCAGCAGAAGGCGUCUUCUUCCUGUCCGCCGCCGGCUUCGGCGGGUGCUCCUUCGCCGGCGCCGCGCCCAGCUCCGUAUUACCCUCCCUCUGCUUCGCUGCCUCACUCCCCUUCCCCAACCCCGUACUCCUCUGCGGCGUCUCUGCCUCUCCCUCUCGCGGCGCCUGCCGCGGCUUCUUUCGCGGGCGCCGGGCCUGCACACGGGCCUCCAGUGCUUCUGCUGUCUUCGCGGGGCCUCGGCGCCUUCUCCGUCCCGUCGCCCUCUCUGCAGCAUUUUUUCCGGCUCUGCAUGCAGCAGCUCGCUACCGCGCAGGGCGCGCAGGCGGCGCGCUGGAGAGAGGAGGGCCGCGUGACGCCUGAGAAGAAUCUCCAAGUGCUGAUGGUCAUUCAACAGUUUCGAGAAAGAAAGGCAAGCGACCGCGAAACGCCUCUCACGCAGCGCCGAUGCGGCGCGAGACGCCUACCUUGCGCGGGUUUUCGGCUCCAGAUAGGAUUGGCGUUUGCGUCUCUCUCGCAGCGGUUGCGAGGGGCGGAGAGCGAAGCGUGGGGGAGUGGCGUGGCCGCGAGUGCCGCGGAAGCGCUGGCAGCGCCUGCCUGGCAGGCGACGUGCGUCGCGUCAUGCGCCUUUCCGUUUCUAAAGGCUCCUCAUCGUUCAGCUGUCUCCUUUGUGCCUGCUGCAGCUGAGCGAAGAGCAACUCAAAUCCCGCCUGACGGCCAUCCUCGGAAGGAUAUCUCCCCUAGCGUGCGCUCGCGCCGCCGUCGUCAGCGGUGUUGUGGGCGCACCCUCCGCGCCAGCGAGAGAGUCGGCUUCUCAGGGGCUGCCGGGUCGCCUGCCUGGGGGGCGUCUGCAUGGAGUCUGUGCUUUUUGUCUUGGGUCUGCAGGGAUCUUUUUCAAACGAUCGUGGACGACUGCAUCGCCGCGCAGGCGGUUCAGGAUGUCGCAGGCGCCGCCUCGGCGGCGCCUGCGGCUGUCGGCUCAGCGCCUUCGUUUUCCUCCGCGACUGCGCUCCCGUACUCCGCCUCCUCGCCCGCCGUCUCUCCGCUCUCCUCCGGCGUGCGCGAGGACGACGCUGCAACGCGCUCUUCACUGUCUCCGCUACCUUCAGCCGCCUCGCAGCGACCGCCGCGCGAGGGCGGAGAGUCUCCCGGCACGCCGCAGAAGCGGGAGGGGGACGACGCAGAGCGCAGGCGUUCCGGCUCUGCCCGAGCCAGCGGCACACGAGAAGAAAAGAAGGGUGGCGCCUUGACGCCGGGGGAGCGAACGCCGCCAAAGCCGCGCAGCGUGUCUCCGGCGGCAGGGCCGAGCACGCCGCCGCGCGGGGAUGGCCUGCCGGCGCCUCUUCCAGGCGCUCUCUCGCCGAUGAAGACCGCGAAGCUUGGGGCGCGGGAGAGCGACAGUAGUCUCUCGCGAGGGCGGGCCGUGAUGAAGCCCGUCCCGAGCCCUGCGUCGCUCGCCCUUCGAGGCGCCGACGGCGAGAAGACAGAGGGCGCCUCGGCCGCGUUGGGGACUCCGGCGUCUGCCCCGCCCGCGGCGCCGGGUCUCGCGGGCCUCCCCCCCUCGGGGUCGGUUGGACCCGCGGCUGCGGCCUCGUCUGUUUCGUCCUUUUCAUCUCCCGCCGCGCGGAUUGUCGCGCCUUCUUGCGGAGGCGCGGCGCCUCCUUUCGCUGCCGCCGCCGCGCGAGGCGCGAAGGGCGAAGGCGCUCUGGCGGGUCCGGGGGCCGGCGCGCCUCCCUCCGCGCCGGUUUCUGCGCCUUCGCGCGCGGCGGCCGCCAGCCGAGCGCAUGCCAGCGCAAGCCUCCCCGCCUCAGCGCUGACCUCGGAGUACCGGGAAAACAUGAGCCCGCUGUGGUGGGUGGGCGCGGCGCUCGGCCGUGAGUUUUGGCGACAGAUGUCGUCCUCCUCGGAGGUGAUUGAGCUCGUGGAGAAGAAGAAGCUCACUGAGCAGUUCCGCACGCUCGAAGGCCUCGUUGACCGCGCGGAUUUUCUCGGCUCGCUGCGCCUCCAGGGCGACUGCCGUAACGUUUUGCACUUCCUCGGUUUGUCGAGCAACGAUCUCCAGCAGAGCCUUUGGCAGCCGACCUUCCCCACGAUCCUCCCGCCCCGCGCAAAGGCUCCAGCCCCCUCGCCCGCUGGACAGGCCUCCGCUGCCUCUUUCAGCACCGAAGACUUUUCGGCUGACCGGCCCCCUGCCACCAAGGCGCGCAUCUCGUCUGCAUCCGCUCCAUCAUCGGAGCCUCACGCGAGGAGACGCCGCCCUGGGACGCGUUUCUGCUUUCCGCCGCAGCUCAUUUGGGAGCGUCUCCGCGUGCUUCGCCCUGCGCUCUUUGUCUCGCUGGCGUCUGCUGCCCCUGACAGCCGCGCCUUCGCGCGCGAGGCGGUCUGUAGCCAGCCGAAUGUUCAGUUGGCGUCUGCGGCCGCGUCGCUCAACAGAGAAGAAGGCAAGCGGCUGCUGCCUUCCUUCUCGCUCCUCGCGACUGUCGCGCAGGAGCUCGAUGGGAGCGCCUUUUGCGAAGACGAGACCUACCCCGUUGCGGACGCAGACGACGCGGCGGCGGAGGGAGAGGACUCCCGACGCGGCGCUUCUGGCGAGCCCGAUGCGUUGAAGUCCGACGAGGAGCGGACCCCGGGCGUGGCCUGCGAGGGCGGGUACGCCAGAGCGGGUCAGAAGGUCCCGAACGCAGAGAACGCCGGCGGGGGCGCCGACCCCACGACCGACGACCCCAGCGCCCACCCGCCGGUGGACGCGCGCGCGUCCUGCGCCUCCUCGGCUGAGGAUUAUUCGCCGCCGCCGCUCUCUGCGCUAGAUCCCUACACAGACCAAGCGUACCUUGGGAGCUCCCUGCCGCGAAGCGGCGCGUCGGGGUACGCGUUGUCGGAGGCGUGCGCGGGCGCGGAGGGCGCAAGUGUGUCUGAAGAAGGCACGGAGUCGCAGCCGCUACUCUUCGUCGACAGAGAGGCGAUAAGCGACUUGGCGCACGUGACGCAGACAGCGCUGCGAGACCUCCUCAGCAGCGCGCUUGCCGUGGCGAUGAAACGCGAAGAGCAAGUCGCGAGACGAGAUGAGGAGCGACUCGGCGCCGAGCGGGCUGCGUGGGAGAAGGUAGCCAAACGCGCUGCCGCGCAAAGCCGCGGACACACCCACCCCGCGAAGCGGAGACGGCGCGACGAAGGCGACGACGAGGUGCAUACCGAGCGCGACGGGAGUGAGUCGCGGCGAGAGGAGGAAAGCCGGUCUAGCGAGGAAGAAGGCAGCGACGAGGGAGAGAAGGGCAGGGGCGUGCCGGAGGACGAAGAGGAGAAGGAAGAUGAUGAAACGCCCGCCUCCUAUGCAGGCGAAGGCCUAGGGAAGAGGCGACCGCGACACUUCUGGGAGAACAGAGAUCGGACGCAGCAGCAGGCAGUACAGGCAGGGCUGGAGAGCCAGGCCGCGGGUGGGGAGGCGAGUCCGAAGGAGGCGGGAAAAAGAGACAAAAACGAACGGGAACCCAGUGGAGAGAAGGGAGACAGCCAGCCCGCGGCGGAUGCGACACACAACGCCCCCCAGGGUGACGCCGUGCGUGCAGGGGGGGCUGCCUCUGUCGCCGCGAGUGAGGCCGGACGCGUGGACGGAAAAGACGACGAAGAGAUGAAGAGGCAGCCUCGCAUCACAGUGAGCGAUGUACUGCGGGCUCUCGAGCUCCACGGCGGCUCCAUCGGAAUGCUCUUGAGACACGCGGAACAGAGACACAGACGACGCGCACAAGAGGAAGUUUUCUCCUUCCUGUCGCUAGCCGUGAAAAAGAAACGGGCUUGGCACGACGCCCUGGCGUAG